AGUUUCCGCCCACUGUGAUAGAAACAUCGCGAGAUGUCAUCUGGCCUUGCAUUUAUCCAAACAGAUGAAAAUCUUUUCAAUUUUCUGUUUCCGUUCGACUCAGAUUCAUUUUGUUUCUCUUUCCACUCAGCCACUUUUAAUUUUAAAAUACGAUUUUUUUUAAACUUUAAAAACCAUAUAUACGCUAGAAAACAAUACCUAAUUGCUAUGACAGCCCAACGGGUCACCGGAUACAGCCAAUGAAUGUGUGCUGGAAGAGGUGUGUCUGAUCGUCGCGACCAAUCAAAAGAGCACAUGGCCAGGCGGAAGGGCCAAUUAGAGCGCGAGUGGUGCGGUAUUUGAAUUCCUGAGGUAGGUCUGAGAGGUGACGGCGGCGUGAUCGUGGAAGCCGGUUCUGGUGGUGAGGUUGUAUCGCUUCUCUACUUCUCGAGGAGACCCUACGGCUCCUGCUCUGGCCUGUCCCGGGCCUCAUGGCUCUGUUCCGACGCCCCGCGGUGUCUAGUGGUUUAGAGGAUGUGAACAAAGGAGUUAAUUCAAAAGGCACAAUGCAAAUUACUGUUAGAAGAGCUGCUCUGGAAGAAAUUGGAAAUAAAGUUACAACCAGGGGAAAUCAAGUUGCAAAGAAAGUUGAGAAAACCAAAGUACUUGUGAAAAAAACCAAAAGUACAAAUGUCAUAAGAGAAGUGAAGCCUACAGCUGCUGUGAAACCAGUGCCAAAGGAAACGUUAGCUCCAAAGGGUCUAUCUCCAACCCCAAUGGAUGUUUCUAUGAAAGAAGAAGACCUGUGCCAAGCUUUCUCUAAUACAUUGUUAUGUAAGAUUGAGGACAUUGAUAAUGAAGAUUGGGAGAAUCCUCAGCUUUGCAGUGACUAUGUUAAGGAUAUUUACCAGUAUCUUAGACAACUUGAGGUUCAGCAAUCUGUAAACCCACAUUUCUUAGAUGGAAAAGACAUCAAUGGGCGUAUGCGUGCAAUCCUGGUUGAUUGGUUGGUACAAGUCCAUUCCAAAUUUCGCCUUCUACAGGAAACUCUUUAUAUGUGUAUUGCAAUCAUGGAUCGUUUCUUACAAGUUCAGCCAGUCUCUCGGAAGAAGCUUCAGUUGGUUGGAGUUACAGCACUGCUUUUAGCUUCCAAGUAUGAGGAAAUAUUCUGUCCAAAUGUUGAGGAUUUUGUUUACAUCACAGACAAUGCAUAUACUAGCUCUCAAAUCCGAGAAAUGGAAAUUUUAAUUCUGAAAGAAUUGAAGUUUGAAUUGGGCCGACCACUUCCACUCCACUUCUUAAGACGAGCAUCAAAAGCUGGUGAGGCAGAUGCCGAACAGCAUACGUUAGCCAAAUAUCUGAUGGAGCUGACGAUUGUUGACUACGACAUGGUGCACUACCAUCCUUCUGAGAUAGCUGCUGCUGCUUCUUGCUUAUCUCAAAAGGUUUUAGGUCAAGGGAAAUGGAGCCUAAAGCAACAGUAUUAUACCGGUUACACUGAGAACGAUGUGUUGGAAGUCAUGCAACAUAUGGCCAAGAAUAUAGUGAAAGUAAAUGAAAACUUGACAAAAUUUAUUGCCAUCAAGAAUAAAUAUGCAAGUAGCAAACUCAUGAAGAUCAGCACCUUUCCUCAGCUCAAUUCGAAAAUUGUCCAAGACCUUGCAUCACCUUUAUUGGGAAGGUCAUGAGAUGAUUGGAAGAAGCCAUACAGUCUUAUAUGUCAGCAUUCAUUUGGCACGUCUGCUUUUGUGCACACUCUUUCGGCCUUCAUUGUGGAAUCUUUUCCCUUUUGUUUGCUCAAUGUACUUUGAGGAAAAAUAAAAUCAUAAUUUUCCUUAAGGAAACUUGUGUAUAUUUUCCCUCAGAAUUUAAUUGCUCAAUCAUUGUAAAUUUGCUUUGAUAUUCUAUUAUUUGACUGUUAUACACAACAAUUAAGUCAUGAGCUUUCUUUUACUUAAAUGUGAUCCAGGCCUUCCUUUUGUUCUCCCAAAGACCACUGAAUUUCAAAACCUUUUCAAUAGAGUAAGGUUUGAAUUUUUUAAAAAAUUGCAUGGGAGCAGAUUUUUGGUUUCACUAUUGAUCAGUCCAAGAUGGAUUAAAAGCAGGAUUUCUCUUAGGCGUACCCAAAGGUUUUUGACUUUACAUACAGGAAUGGCUGACCUAAGGGAGUAGUUAGGAGGAAAGUGUCCAGGCAACCUUUGGAGAGGUGAGUUGGGAGUGAAUGGCCCUGACUCUUUAUGUUCCCCUUGUUUUGGCAGCUAGCAGAUGUUGCAUUUAGUGCGAUAGGGGGAUUAGUUCUUUCUGCCAGAAGGGAAAAUUUAUUCCUAGCACAUUUCAGAUUUGUAAUUUAGAAUAAUGUUUCUCAGUGAUAUUUUGGGCAAAAGGCCUUUUAUCUGCUAACCACUAUUUAAAUUGUUCUCCUUUUCCCCAUGGGAACACUUUCUGAUCGCCAAACAACUACUUACAAAUGAACUUUUGGAAUGUAAUCAAUAGGUCUGAGACUUUCUGCAUUAUGACAGUGUGUGAUGGUAGGUCACAAAUAUGAAAAUCAUCCUGUGCGCCUAGUGGAUUUCCAGAACAUAAUUCUAGGAAAGAGUUUCUGUCAUCUUAUUUACAAAAUUAAGAUUCUCUGCUUAUUCUUGAAUCAAAGGAAGAAUCGUUAUGCUUGGGCUGAUGGGGGUUAGUUAUUAUAGUUCUAGUUCAGGGAUGCUCUCUGCAGUGCCCUUUUUACUUUAUGCAGAUCAGAGUCAUUUGAGCUUUCAGCUACAAGUUGAGGGUUAGCUGAAGUAGAAUAUCUUUAUGGAGACUUAAAAAUCUAAAGGAGGCUUCCUCUCACUUUUUUUGAGUUGGCAAAAACUGUGAAUAGAUAAAAAAAUCACCAUGGCAGCCCAUUUGUUGCUAAGUCAAAAUGUAUGUGAUCAGGAAAUGUUUUUAAUCCUAAUGGGUCUUUCCCGUACCCAAAACAAGAUAAUUUGCCUAGGUUAUACUGCUUUCCAUGCUGUGGGAAGACUAUCAAAUGAAACACGUUUUAAAGAUUAUUCAAUAGCGUUUUUUAUAUAGUAUACUUAGACUGGCUCAGUUUGUAGUUUUAGGAUGUAAUAAUUAAAGAUCCUUCAAUAGUAUUUUUCUCAUGAGGCAAUGUAACUAAAAUGUAAUCAGUGUAAAUAAAUUAUAAACUUGGAAAGAACCCAGGUUGUUCAAAGUAUAAUUUAAAUGAAGAGGGAGGGGUAUUAUGAUGAAAUGUACAAACAGAAUGGUGAUGGUCUGCAAUAGAAUCGAGAAGGAGGGUAGGAAUCUGUUCCUAGCACUGUCCAGGGCAGGAUCAGGCAACUAAUCCUGGUUGUUCUAAGAGAAAUAACAUGGAAGUGGAAAGGGCUGCCUUACUGGGUUCUCUCAUCUUGAUGAAAAUACCUUUUAAGACUAUUCGACUUCCUUUACUCUGAUUCUCUAUUCACUAAGCAACCUUCUGAUCUGUAAUUUGGUUCUCUAGUACUUUUCCUCCAGGAAGGGUAUAUUGUACCAAUGUUGCCCUCUGUAAAUCAAUAAAUUUCCAUUCUGCUUUAUAUCUA